AUCGUGAUGGAGCGGAUCGAGGGGCCUUGCUUGCUCGAGCACUUGACCGCGCAGCCAGGGGCGCCUCGGAGAGCCGGCGGCGCGCAUCUUCUUCCGCGACUUGCUCGGCGCGCUCCGGCACGCGCACGGCCGCGGCCUGCUGCACUGCGACGUCAAGCCGGCCAACGUGCGGUUGCAGGAGGGCGCCGGCGCCGACGGGAGCAGGGCUGUGCUGGUGGACUGGGGGAUGGCGCGGGAGGUGGAGGCGCCGCCCGCGUCGGUGCUGCACGGGACUCCGGCGUACUCGUCGCCCGAGCAGCUGACCGGGUACAACUCGGAGCACGCCUGGGGCCGCGCGAAGCUCGGCCCGCCGUCGGACGUGUGGCGCGUGACGCUGUACGAGCUGCUCGCUGGCUGUCAGCCCUUUCCGGGUGGGUCGCGAGAGGGGCUGGUGGCGGCCGUGCUGAGCCGCAACUACUCCCUCCCAGACCACCUCUCCCUCGAGGCGCGCCAGCUCAUCGACGCCAUGCUGCAGCUCGCGCCCAGCGACCGCGCCAGCAUUGCGGAGCUCUGCCUAGACCCGUGGACGACGGCAGAGCAGCCGAUGCCGCCAGAGGUGGGCGGUGGCGUCGUGGUCGGCGUCGGCGGCGUCGGCGCGGAGCGGCGGAGGAGGUUGUGCGGGGCGGUGGGCGGGUCGCGGCGGGCGGGACUCUAUUUGCUGUACGGUGCCCUGGUCGGCGGGGCGCUUCUGCGGUACGCGCUGUACGGGGAGCCGGCGGGGAGGUAA